CUGACAUUUAUAAAAAAUUGAGGUUAAGUUAUUAAUCAAAAAUCAAAAACGUUUCAUUUCUAAUCGCGAAAAACGAGUUAUUUCACUAUUAUAUUAUUAAAUUGUUAUAUUAAAAAUCACGAUUAGUUUAAAUUCAACUUCAUUAUUCAAUCCGCUAUUAAUUCAAUUAUCUAAUUAGAAUAAAAUAAUCGCAACCAUCAAGUUCAUUCUUCCGAAUAAUCUCGUAAAAUUAAUAUAUUCGCAUAAAUUACAAUAAAUAACACAAAUCAUCCCAAAAACUGAAUAAAACGAAGAAAAUACAUAACCUCAAACGCCACGUUGUGACGUUUAUAACACGUUCUUAACCUCAAAAAAAAAAGGUUAAUCAUAAUAAGCGGUGUUUUUGGUUUUUAGUUUUAACCAUGAACCGAUCGCGAUCGUUUAGAAGAGGUGGAAAGCGGAAUUUUAAUCAAAAUCAAAGAUCUGGAGCUAGAAAAUACGUGUCAGAUGUACCACAGGAACAAUUAAACGAAAAAGAUGUUGGAAUAACCGAAUAUUUAAGUGACUUAGCUGGGUUUUCGGGGAUCCUUAAAGCUAGAUACUCCGAUUUUCACGUUAAUGAAAUAAAUCGUGAGGGAGAAAUUGCAAAAUUUUCUACAACGGAAAUCCCUUCAUUGAAUACAUCAACUCCCAGAGAUGGUGUUAUUCCGAAAGAGAGUCCAUGUGAAUUUAUUUCUCAAGAAAAAUGGGAUGAAAUAGCUACUAUUGUUGAUGAUGAUAAAGGAAAAAUUGUGGAAUUAGAUAUAAGUGAUGUUGAUAAGGAUACUCGAGGGAAAAUUCAUCGCUGUGUCAAAGAAUAUUAUAAACGAAAAAUUUGUGCUUCUACUAUAGAAAGGGAUGGUAAAAAAUACAUAGAGAUUAAAAAAUUUAAUAAAGAAGAAAAAUUCGACGACAGAGUUGAAUGGACAAAAGGAGAUUAUGUUCAUUUUUUAGUUUAUAAAGAAAACAUGGACACUCUUGAAGCAGCUAUGAGAAUAAGCAGUUGUUUAAAUAUAAAACCAAACUCCUUCACUUAUGCAGGAGUAAAAGAUCGACGCGGAAAAACCACCCAGUGGUUUUGUGUUAAAAAAGUUGAACCAUGGAAGUUAUUCAAAAAAACUAAAUGUAUAAGAAACCUUCGUAUUGGAAAUGUUUGUUUUAAAGACACAGUUUUAAAACUUGGAGAUCUUACCGGGAAUCGUUUUCGAAUUGCUCUUAGAAAUAUUACUGUUGAUGAUCAAUUAAUAGAAGCUGCUAUGAAAAUGUUGGAAGAAAGGGGUUUUAUUAAUUAUUAUGGAUUACAACGAUUUGGACAUAGUAAAGAAGUUCCUACUUAUGAUGUUGGAAUAAAAUUAAUUUUAGGACAAUUUAAAGAGGCUUGUGAAUUAAUUUUAAAAUGUAAAAAACAUGAAGAUCCUAAUUCUGAUAUUUCAAAAGCUAGAAAUAUUUACAACACAACUAAAGAUGCUGAAAAAGCUUGCGCGGAAUUCUCCGAAAACGAAAACACUUGUCUAGAACAUAAACUUCUUGUUGGUUUAUCGAAAGUAAACAAAAACGAUUACGUGACUGCAUUGGAAAAUAUUCCAAGAAAUAUGCGACUUUUGUAUCUCCAUUCGUUCCAAGCUUUAAUUUGGAAUAAAAUGUGUUCGAUUAGAAUAAAAGAGUUUGGUUUAAAACCGAUUGUUGGUGAUUUAGUUUUUUGCGAUGACGAAGAAGAAGAAAUUGAACAGACUGAAAACGAAGAAAUUGAGAACAAUGAAAAUAACGAUCAAGAAAAUAAAGUUGAGGAAAAUAACGUAAAAAAUUUUAGUAGAAAAAAAAAAGUUAAGUUAUUAACUAAUGAUGAUUUAGUUAAUUAUAAUAUUUACGAUGUUAUUUUACCUCUACCUGGUUAUGAUGUUAAAUAUCCGAAUAAUAAAAUGGCAGAGUAUUAUAAGGAAACUUUAGAAAGUUAUGGUUUAUCUGUAGAAAUGUCGUUUCAUAACGUAAAGUCUUAUUGUUUAUCAGGUACUUAUCGUAAAUUACUCCGCAAAGUAAACAAUCUUUCCUGGAAAAUAAUGAAGUACGAUCAUCCCAACACCGAUUUAAUUCGUUCGGAUUUUGAUGAAUAUCAAAAUAGAAAAGAACCAGAAGAUGACCCAAAUGGUGCUUAUAAAGCUUUAAUAAUCGAUUUUUGUUUAAAAUCUUCCAGUUACGCUACAAUGGUUAUAAGAGAAAUUUUAAAAACCGAUACAUCUACAACAACUCACAUUAAAUUAAAUGAUUAUCAUAAGAAUACAAGUGAAAGUGUUAGUUCUGGUAAUUUAACAAUUGAUGGACCAGCACCUGAUAGUUUACUUUCUGAUCCUGAUAAAUAUGAAGAGUUUAAAAGAAGUAUUUUUGGGGAUGGAGAUUCUAAACGAAAGUUAGAGGACGAAACUGAAGAUAAUAACAAAAAAAUUAAAAUUGAUUAAGUUUUUUUUAAUGUAGUAUUAUUUUAUACUUUGAAACAAUAAAAACUUGUUAAUAAUGGAAUAUAUUAA